AUGCUGUUCGCCAUCCAGCGGCUCCAUGAGCUCGCGAGGAAGAAGAGUACUGCGGUGUUCGCGUGCUCCGUCGACCUCACCAAGGCAUACGAUUCGGUGGACCGAGACCUACUGUGGGACGUGCUCCGACGCUUCGGCGUGCCCCGGAAGAUGCUGGCGGUCGUUCGCCACUUCCACGAGGGCAUGAGGGCGCGCGUCCGAACGGACGACGGGCAGUACUCGGAAUGGUUCGACGUGGGCCAAGGCCUCCGACAGGGAUGCAACGUGGCCCCGCUGCUGUUCAACUUGUUGUUCUUUGCCGCGAUGCUCAUGGUCGCCGUGGCCGAGUUCGACAAGGACCCCAAGGUGACGGCGGACAUGGUCAAGAUCGGGACACAAGUGGAGUACACGGGCAAGAAGGGCAGGUCGGCGGGGAAGAAGACGACGGUGGUGACGGACGCGGAGGCCUUGUGGGCCAUGCUCUACGCUGACGACGCGGCCAUCGUCUCGCGCUCGCCGGAGAGUCUCGAGAAGAUGAUGUCGGUCAUCGUGCGCGUGGCCGG